UUUUUUUUUUUCAUUAAGUACUUCAACGGUUUUACAACCACCUUUUUUUUUUCGGUUCCUCACUCCUUUUCUCACUGCGUAAUUUUUUUUUCUUUCUUGUCUCAAAAUAAAAAUUUUAAAUCUUUAAAAAAAAAUGGACCAAGAAACUAAUGAUACUCAUAGUAUUGAUAAUGAAUUUAAAUCAGCAACUGAAGUUCUUGAUGAUUACAUUGAUUCUAUUUACAAUUUGGGUUCCGAAGUAGUUCAAAGCUUGACUGAGUUGCAAAUUUUAGACGAACAGCUAGAAAAGUUACGUGCAAUUUACAAAGAAUGCCAAGAGAAAUAUUUCGAAAUACUAGAGGAAUCCGAUCAAAGUGAUGAAGAAGAAAAAAUAGCCAGCUACUGGAAAGAUAAAACAGAGAAAGCCUAUGAUGAUGCCUUGCACAAACAGGACGAAAAAAUUGCAGUUGCAGAUAAGCUGUAUAGUCUAAGUAAUGAUGACAUCAGUGAUUUGGAAUUUGAUCCAAACGAAACUCUAUAUUGUUUUUGCAGACGGCCAGAGUUUGGUAACAUGAUCCAAUGCGAUCAUCCUAGAUGUGAAAAUGCAUGGUAUCACUGGGAUUGUGUAGGGCUUACACAACAACCGUCAGGGCAGUGGUUUUGUCCUGAUUGUGAGUUCAGACCUUAUGAACCUAAUCCUCUCGAUAAUAUAAUGCAUGCUAUUGAGAGCUUUGCCAUGUAUUCAUAUCCUAGUCAAGGUCUUGAUGAUUUCACACUUAGUAAUCCACCAUUUCAUUGAGAUCGAAAUGAAUUGAAUUCCCUUGAAUUUUUUGAUUUAUUAUAUUUUACUUACAUUUAUAAGCAUGUUACGAUAAAAUUACCGCAACAUGUUAAUAUAAUGUAAAAAGAAUUAAAGUUGGUUACACGUAGCAUGGAUUAAUUUAUUUGAAUCCGCAAUUAAAAUCAAAGAAAAAUAAAAUAAUGAAAUAUUUUUUUUAGCAUAGUUUUUUUUAAAUUAAAAAAGAUAUGUAGGUUUUUUGGUUUUUAUUUUCCCUUUUUUUUUGUUAACUAUAUGAGAAAAUUAGGAAAAGGAAA